AUGUCGGCUGCUAGAAGUGUAGCCGUUAUCGGCGCUGGCCCUUCGGGUGCUAUUACGAUUGAUGCAUUGAUGCAAGAGAAAGCGUUUGAUGUUGUUCGAGUGUUUGAACGUCAAGAAAAGGCGGGUGGAUGCUGGGUCUCUAGAGCUGACGAACCACCUCGUCAGCUUGACUUUGAUGGUUUGGCGGCGCGUACAGCAGAUGCACCGCUGUCCAUCCCGCAUCAGUUGCCAUGUCGUACCCCAGCAGAGACUCAAGAUAGAUACACGGAUUCUCCUGUUUACCCAGAGCUGGAGACAAACGUGGAUGCAGGCGUAAUGUCUUAUUCACAGGAACCAAUUCCUACUAUUCGCUCCAAGUGGUCUAUUGAUCGACAUGGCCCAGAAACACCAUUCAGACAUCACACCGUGAUUCGCCAGUAUAUUGAAGACCUCAUUACCAAGAAAGGCUACGGUGAUCUCGUUGAGUAUAAUACAACUGUCGAGCGUGCGAUCAAAAAUCCUAAUACUCAAAAAUGGGACCUAACCCUCCGCAAGAGAGAGCUCCACAAUGGAAGCCCUUCUGAUUAUUGGUGGAAUGAAUCUUUUGAUGGUCUUGUCUUGGCUUCAGGUCAUUAUGCUGUUCCAUAUAUCCCUGCUAUCCCAGGGUUGAAGGAAUUUGCAGCUAAAUACCCACGCAGCGUUGAGCACUCAAAGCAUUACCGUGGACCAGCCACCUAUCGAGGAAAGAAAGUUGUCACCGUUGGCGCAUCAGUUUCCGCAGCAGACACAGCAGUCAGUUUAAUAGACAGUGCUCAAACACCCAUCCACGCCGUAGUGCGCGGUCGUUACAACAUCUUCUUCGGAGACGAAGCAUUCAAGCAUCCUAAGAUUCAGCGCCGAGCUCCAAUCUCCCACAUCACACCCGAUGACCGAACAGUGCAUUUUGAAGACGGAACAUCCGUCAGUGAAGUCGACAAUAUCAUCUUAGGCACAGGGUUCACCUGGACUCUACCUUUCUUGCCUCAAGUGCCCACGCGCAAUAACCGAGUCCCAGAUUUGUAUCAGCAUGUCUUCUGGCGCCAUGAUACCAGCCUUGCGUUCGUUGGGGCUGUAGGUGCUGGUCUGACCUUCAAGGUUUUUGAAUGGCAGGCUGUGGCAGCGGCUCGUAUCCUUGCGGGCAGGGGUACUCUUCCGUCAUUGGCGGAGCAAGAAAAUUGGGAGACGGACCGGAUUGCGCAGAAAGGUGACGGGCCUGCAUUUAUGGUGGUCAAUCCUGAUUUCAAGCCGUAUUUUGAAGAUCUUCGGCAGAUUGCAGGGGAGCCACUCGAGGGGGCACCGGGACGACGAUUGCCGCCUUUUGAUCAGAAAUGGGUGGAUGAUUUCGAUUCGGGCCAUGAGCGUCGGAAGAGGAUGUGGAGAAAGGCGAAUCAUGAGGCUACUAGUAGACUGUGA